UUCGAGGCAGCUAACCGGGAGUUUGAAAGCACGGAGUCAGGAAGUGACACUUCGGACAUUUCAGAAGAACUUUCUACACAAGAUGGAGAGGGAAAGUCCCCAGGAGAAACAGCAUCUGGCUUGAAAACUGGACCUGAGGACUCUGCUCUCCCUGACACUCAAUUACAAAGGGGAGAAAGACCAACGAGCACUUGCUCCUCUUCCACUGUGGUGGGAGAAGUAGUAAAAACUAUGCAGCACUUCAUGGAGAAGUUCGGCGUGGACCUGUUCACUGUUACACAGGCCUUUCUGAAAAACACUGGUGAAGUGGAGACUACUUUAUACUUUCUGCAGACAGGGCAGCGCUUGGAUGGAUACCCUGUAUGGAGCAGAGAGGAUGAUCUGGAAUUGCAAAAAGACGAUGAACGUGUCAGAAAUAAAUUGAUAGCAAAAUUUGGAGCUGAAAAUGUAGCAAAGCGGGUAGCAUUUAGGAAAAGUUAG